AUGGCCGCUUUUGGUACGCCCGUCAAAGGAGGAAAAUUUGUCGAAUUGACUAAUAUUAAUGGCGACGAGAAUGUCUGCGUGAUAUCGGGAUCGAAAGUGAAUGCCGCAAGGUCGCCUCGCCGCAGGAAUCGCUCAUGUAUCAUCGCAUCUGUGCCACUCUGGCCGGGGACGAGUUCUGCCGGGCCUUCACCUUUGGAAAUAAUCCCCGACGGCAUUCCUUGCACGCCAGCCGAUCUCCCCCAGACGCUGCUCGAGCCCAUCCUGCUGCGCACGGCCACGCACCGCGGCUUCAAGCUGCGCUUCGACACCCAGCUGAUCCGCUUCACGCAGACGGAGGACCAGGUGGAAAGCCUUGUCGAGGACCUCCUCACUGGGCAGCGAUUUGUCGUCGUCUCCAAGUUCCUCUGCGGCGCCGACGGGGCGCGCAGCUCCAUCGUGCGAGACCUCCAGCUGCCCCUGCACCACGGUCCAGGCGGCGGUCUCGCGCUCAAUGUGCUGGUCGAGGCCGAUCUGUCUCGUCUGAUGGCGAACUCCGAAGGACUGCUGCACAUGCUCCUCUGUCCUCACAAACCGGCGCCUCCAUUCUGCGCAAUGGCCAUCGCCCGCUUCAUCAAGCGCUGGGACGAAUGGGUCUUUGUGUUGCUGGCCGCGCCGGGCGUCAAGGAGAUCACCGCGACCCCGGACGAGAUCCUGGCGCGGGUGAAAGAGCUGAUCGGCGACGACUCGGUCCAGGUCACCCUGAAGCGCAUCUCCACCUGGCAGAUCAACGAAUGCUACGCCAGCGAGUAUUCGCGGGGGAACGUCUUCUGUCUCGGGGACGCCGUGCACCGGCAUCCGCCGCACAACGGCCUGGGGUCCAACACCUGCAUCCAGGACGCCUACAACCUUGCCUGGAAGCUCGCGUAUGUGCUGCAGGGCCGUGCCGGACGGGAGCUGCUCGACUCGUACAGCGCCGAACGCCAGCUCGUCGGCCGCUACAUUGUCCAGCGCGCCAACGACACGGGCCGCAUGCAUCUGUCGCUGUUCUCGCUGCUGGGCGUGCUCAAGCCCGACGUGGAGGCGCGGCUGCGCGUGCUGGACGAGUUCAGAGAAGACAGCGAGCGCGGUGCUGCUCGCCGCGCCAGCUUCCAGGCCGCGAUUGAAGACCUGGAGCAGGAACGCCACGGCCUGGGAGGCGAGAUGAAUCAGCUCUAUCAGUCCCGGGCCAUCUACCUCGAUGACGAGAAGGAAUCCCCUCCAAACAGCAGCUGCAGCAGCGCCGACACGGCUCUCUACUACCGGCCCUCCACGUACCCCGGAUCCCGACUUCCGCACGCGUGGCUGCGCAAGCCCAAGGCCUUCGGGCCUCGGGACCCUCCCAUCUCGACGCAGGAUCUGGCCGGGCACGGCCGGUUUACGCUCUUCACGGGCAUUGGCGGCAAAGCGGCAUGGAGCAGGGCCGCGGGGGCCGUGGCCGGGGAGCUUGGGAUCGAGAUUGCCACGUACGCUAUCGGCUGGGGCCAGGACUACGAGGAUGCCUUCUUUGCGUGGACGCGGCACCGGGGGGUGCAGGAGAAUGGCGCCGUGCUGGUGCGUCCGGAUCGGACCGUGGCGUGGCGGUGCUUUGCUCUCGAGGAGGAAAAGUGUGACGAGAGGCUAAGGAGAGUGAUGCGGAGGAUUCUCGCAGUGGACUAG